CUCACACAGGACGACCAUCACUCGUGAGCAGCUAGCUAGUUCAUCAUGGCCAAGCCGACGGUGCCUCGGAUGAAGCUGGGCUCGCAGGGGCUGGAGGUCUCCGCGCAGGGCCUCGGCUGCAUGGGCAUGUCCGCCAACUACGGCCCGGCGAAGCCGGACGAUGACAUGCUCGCGCUCCUCCGCCACGCCUUCGCCGCCGGCGUCACUCUCCUUGACACCUCCGACGCCUACGGCCCCUUCACCAACGAGCUCCUUCUCGGAAAGGCGCUCCAGGGAGGGUUGUUGGCGACCGGUGGGGCGGGAGUGCAGGUGGCCACCAAGUUCGGGGUCAAGUUCACCGAGGCGCCGCCGGGGUGGGAGUUCUGCGGCUCGCCGGCGUACGUCCGGCAGGCGUGCGAGGCCAGCCUGCGGCGCCUUGGAGUCGACUGCAUCGAUCUCUACUACCAGCACCGCAUCGACACCCGUCUGCCCAUCGAGAUCACGAUGGGCGAGCUGAAGAAGCUGGUGGGGGAGGGCAAGAUAAAGUACGUCGGCUUGUCGGAGGCCUCCGCUUCCACCAUAAGAAGAGCCCACGCCGUCCAUCCCAUCACCGCCGUGCAGCUCGAGUGGUCUCUCUGGACCAGAGACUCUGAAGAGGAGAUCAUCCCUACCUGCAGGGAGCUUGGCAUCGGCAUAGUGGCAUACAGUCCCCUUGGCAGGGGAUUCUUCGGUUCAGGAGCAAAGUCCGCAGAUAAUUUCUCAGAACGCGAUAUCCGCAAGAAUCUGCCUCGUUUCCAGGCCGAGAACCUGGAGCACAACCAGCGGAUCUUCGAGAGGGUGAACGAGAUGGCGACGAGGAAAGGAUGCACGCCGUCGCAGCUCGCUCUGGCCUGGGUUCACCACCAGGGACCAGACGUGUGCCCGAUCCCGGGGACUACCAAGAUGGACAACUUCGACAGCAACCUCGCGGCGCUCGCACUCAGGCUUACGCCGGAGGAGAUGGCUGAGCUAGAAUCUUACGCUGCCGCAGACGCUGUCAAAGGGUUCAGGACCUACAAUGCAGCUAACACGUGGAUGAGCUCGGAUACUCCUCCGCUCGAGUCGUUCAAGGGAGAGUGACCGACUAAUUGUGUCACCUCACUUGUAUGGUUGGAUUCCCCUUUAACAUUUGUGUACGAGUAGUUCAGUGUGGGGAGUAGUAGCCCUGCUUCUGUUCUUGUGUGCGCCACCGUCUACACUUUUCUUGGAGUCUUCUUUCCUUGUGAUGCUUUUAUACCUUUCUCCACCGUAUGUUGAAAUUUAAUAAAGCUCCAAAAUCGUACCAUAUGCGUUUAUAAA